UGCAAUGUAGCUGAUUUGUUGACAAAUAGUGUAAUACAUAAUAGUUAUAUUUAAAGUGUUUAACGUAACGUUUAGCAGUAGGUUCUUAUGGCAUAGCGGUAGAGCAGUAGCUCUCAUGAAAACGGGAGACCCACCGUAAAACGGUAGACCUGGCAAGCCUGAAAAUAACUUCUUCGAUCAGCUGAGAGGCGCGAUAACAGCGCGCCGUGGUCUGAGUAAACUAAAUUAACGCAGAACUGUCAUUGCACGAGAGUGAGCAGGCCGUGAGAUAAACCUAAUGUUUGUGUUUGUCAACAACACAAGCUGAGAUACCGUAAUUUAGUAAAAACCGUUGCAAAAAUGAUAUUAGUGUCCUUAGCAAAUCAGCAGCGCAAUACCGAUUCUGUGCUGUUGAACGCACGAACCCUAUCAACUGGGAUUUUGCAAAAAACCAGCGCUCUUUUACAAAACCCCAAAUGCUGGCACAGAUUCAUUGUUACUAACACCGAUGGACUGUCCAGGAACGAAAUUCUCAAAGCUGUUUUGGACGGAGUCCAUCCGCUAGACCUCAUUCCGGUGUUUUAUACCAAAGACCAACUGAAUGCGAACUCGUACUUUAUGGCGAGAAAUUGCGAGGCUGCGAUACGGAAGCUGUGCGACAAUCAACUGGUGGUUGACCAUCCGAUCGAGAAAGGCUACAGUCCGAUGACUUUGUCUAUAGUGCUGAACUUUUCAAACACCUAUGACAUAAAAAUCGACGUUCAGAAGAACGUGUCCACUGUAUUGAACAAGCGAUUUCAUCCAACCUCCAAAGUUCUUAAUUUGGAUAGAUUUCACGACGAUCCCGAUCUGACGGAGUUUUGCCCAUUGUCGCAGCCAAAAAUCAUGUACUUUGUCUUGCACAUUGCUAAAGCUCUCGCCCCUGAAGAAGUGAUUCUCUCAAACAACUGCAUCCGUCUAUUGACGCCUUUGGAUGUUCUUUUCGGCUCAAAAGUGAAACGCCUGGAUUUGAGCCACAACGAGAUUUCCAAAUUAAACGACUUGAAUUCGCUGAAGUAUUUCUCGCUAAAAGAGUUGGAGUUGACCGGUAACCCUCUUUGUAACGUUGACUUAAAGUCUUAUAUGUCCAAAAUCAAAAGCGUGUGUCCCACUUUGGAAAUGUUGGACGGCGAACUAUUAUCAAUAGACAAGUUUCCCACCACGAAAAAGAACUCAUUUGCAUGCCGCAACAGUACCGACUUGGUCAAUCAAUUUCUGGAGUACUUCUUCACGGCUUACGACAGGGAUAGAAGCGAUCUAGAGGGACUAUACCACAGCAACGCCAUGUUCUCCUUAACCUGUGUUUACCUAUCCGGUCAGAUUUCAUCAGGAGCCGCCUCCUUGAAGCUCUAUAGCAACAUUGCACGGAACCUCAAUAAAGCGGCGGACUUUGCCAAAACGUUUGAGCGGCUUUUUCGAGGCCGAGAGAACAUCAUGGAAGUUUUCACUACGAAAUUGCCUGCGACCCAACACGACCCCUAUUCCUUCACAACGGAUCUUAUUUAUAAAACCGAUACUUGUGCUGUUGUUGUGGUAACAGGGGUGUGUAGUGAAUGCCCAAAAUCUAUGCUGGAAAGAGCGCGGCUUUUGGGGUUCACGCGCUCAUUCUCACUGGAGAUUAAAGAUGCUCAGUGCGUCAUUACCAAUGACUUGCUUCAUCUAUACAACAGCCUCUCCUACCAGGAAAAAAACUCCUUCCAGGUCACUAAGGAACCCGCUAAGGUUGUAGAGAAAGAGCUGAUCCCCAAGCCGCAGUCUGAGAGCGAAUAUAACGAGCUGGUUUCUACCCUCAGUCAGCUGACGAAUCUAAAAAUGGAAUGGGCCAAAAAGUGUUUGGAGGAAUGCGCGUUCGACUUGAAGAAGGCGCUUCAGCUGUUUGUAGACCUGUACAAGGGCGACAAAUUCCCGGCCACUUCGUUCCUUGAUUAAGCCAGUAACUCAAUGUUCUAAUAAAACCAGGUUUAAAUGAA